AUGUCCGCGACACGGUGGGGCAGGAAGUGGGCAGAUUUUGACGAUGAGGACGAGACGACAGCGCAAGAGGCCCAGGGACGAUUCGAAACUCAGGCUGACAAGGAUGGAAUCAAGAGCGUCGUCGAGUAUGUCGAGAAGAACGGCGCCACGUACAAAAUCACAAAGAAGGUCAAAGAGCUGGUUACCACCAAAUGGACCAACGAAUCCAUCAUGGCUCGCAAGUCCUUGGAAAAGUUUGGCAAAGCUCUCACCAAUUCUGAGGCAGACGAGAAGACUCUGUGCAUGAAGAGCGUGGAAGAAAUUCCGGUGGAGUCAGCCAAGAAGAUCCAUGUGGAUCUGUCACAGAAGGAUGAUGCAGAAGAGAAGUUCUUCGAAGAGAGCUUGACCAUCACCGAAAGCCUGCUGAAGGAGAAGAAGGUGUGGACAGACCUGAACAAAGAGAUGAAGGAUCAGGUAGGUGUCGGGGAGGAGGACAAAAAGGACACUACCGAAACAGCAGCAACCCUUCCGUCUGGAGCACCUGGAAAGUAUGUGCCACCCAGCCUCCGAGGAGCGCAGGGUGAUGGUGCCAAAGGCAAAGGCAAGGGCAAGGGAGGAGACUAUUCGGGACAACAGGAUGCCACACUGCGGGUCUUCAACCUGUCUGAUGAUGUCAAGGAGGGAGACUUGCAAGAUCUCUUUGGAGGCUGCGGCCGGCUCCAGAGGGUGUUCUUGGCCAAGGACAUGACAACCUUCCAGUCGAAGGGCUUUGCAUUCAUCACCUACUACAACCGAGAAGAUGCACAGAGAGCCAUUGAUCGUUUGAACGGCCAUGGCUAUGACAACUUGAUCAUGAAGGUGGAGUGGGCUAAGCCACGAGCCUGA